CGGCAAUGGCACCACCAGACGUCCACAUCGCCAGGCCAAGUCUAGUUAUACAUCGGUCUAGUUAUACAUCGGACGGCCGCUUCUUCGCUUCCCACGGAGGCUCCCUCUCUCCCGCAGGACGUCAUCAGGCCGGCCGCCCGCAGUCAGCGCCCCUCUCUGUUAUGUCUGCUGGGAAUCCGCAGCAAGACGAACAUGGACAUGCAUGCGCACCCGGACGGUCUCUCAGCAGCGGCAGGCGAUGUCACCCUUUUUUGAGUCAAGCCAGUGUGGCGAGCACAUGUUUCGCCUCCGAGCUCAUGGGACUGGCAAACUCGCAGCUGGGACCGCCGCGAACCUGCAGGGUCAAACAAGCAUUGUGGCGAGCCACGCGGUUGGACGCCAUGUCAUUGGGGGCUUCUCGACGGACGGACGGACGGCGUUGACUGGAUGGAUGGACAGCCUGACGGACGUUGUGUGAUGCUGCCUGUUGCACACCGAGAGCUCAACGGCCCUCACAUCGCUCGACACCCGGCAGUACGUGUGUGCACGACGCGACGGGAUGGGUAAAGAGAAAUCUGCCGUUGGCUGGGCGAGCGCGGCACGAAAUGCACGGGUGCAUGGAUUCCCAUCAACCGUCGGCAGCAACGGACGAGGCGUGCAUGGAUCCCGCCAUCCCGCCUCGGCUUCGUCCCGCCCUCCGCGCAGACAAAGGUCCCCGCACGCUCAUGGUUGAUCCUGUUCACAACGGGGGCCCUCCCUCGAUUGCGCGAAGAAGGUACGUACUGGGGAGACGGAUGUUUUCUUCGUGCGGGUGCGUGGGUCGCACGAGCUCACGACCUUGGGCUUGGAGCCAUGCAUCAGCGCCAGCAUUGGGAGACCCAUGUUGUCCGAUGCAACGCUGCUGCGUAGCGCCUCUGAGAGACCUGGCAUGCCGGCCUCGUCUGACACACACCAACAAUGGCACACAACACAAACUCAAUCUCGUCCCUUCGAUGCGUCGCACAGCGGCAUUCUUGCGGUGCCUGGGGUACGUACUCGGCAGGUUGUCUGCCCGGCACACCGAUGAGUUGGUCCGUCGUACAAAUGGAAUUUCAUGCAGAAGCCUCUUUAGCGCCCAAGGCCUUGCUUGGCUGUUCUGUUCUGUCACCAACAGGUGUGCUUCGUGACGUGGGAUCAGC